GAUAACACUGCCAACUUAUUGGUGUACAUCUGUGGGUGCUUGUCGUGUUGGUGAAAAAAAAUAUUCUUUUGUGUAUUGUGCAAGUUGUAAUUUGGUAAACAUGCAGUCCCACCAAGGACAGCCACCAGCCUAUGCUCCUCCACCACCAUACUCAGACCGGCCGAUGGUGCACGGCACCACAACGGUCAUCACCACAGCCCCGGCGCCCGCCAUGAUGCCGGCUGUCAUCAUCACCCCAGGCCCAGCCGUGGGCUCCCAGCCCACGAUACUCAACUGCCCCAGCUGCCAGGCCCAAAUCGUCACCAGGGUUGAGAGCAGUCCGUCGGUCAGGACACAUCUUAUAGCUGCUUGCUUAUGUUUAUUCAUUUUCUGGCCGUGCACCUGUCUCCCGUACUGCAUCGGCUCCUGCAACAACGCCGACCACUACUGCCCGAACUGCAACGUGUAUCUUGGAAGCUACAAAUUUUAAAUAACCUAUAACUAUACUCGUAAAGCGCAAUACACAUUGAGCCCGCCGGGCCGCCGAUAUUAUGUCUUUUUGUCGGCGGUCAAGUUGGCGGCUUCACUAUUACAAGUCGGAGAAUUUGGUCGGCGGCAUGUCGGCGGCUUGAGAUGAGAAAUUUAUUUGGUAGUCAGCAUACAAGCACGUCACUACAGGUCAAACGUCGCCGGGCAAUUGAGCGCAGGCGUACCCAAGCCGCCAACAUGUUGUCGGGUAACACGCGCGGGCGCAUGUUGCCGACAUGAUUCUUUUCAUAUAGGCCGCCGGGUUAUGUCGCCGGGCUUUGUCAGCGGCCCGUCGGGCUCAGUGUGUAUUGCGGUUAAGCCUAGGCGUCGACAUCGAAUUUUACUUGCCCGAUAGUUGGGUCGGGCUGUUGAUCAGUAUGGAGAUGUUUGAAAGUGCGCACUACACCAAUUUGGUAUCGGCCGAUUUUUCAUACAAACAAAUUAGAAUCGGGCCCAACUAUCGGCCAACUAAAAGUCGGUGGUCUGCGCCUAGGCUAACCGUAAC